AUGUCUGUCGAAGUCGCCCUUGAUACGCCUCUGGCUCAUGCGCUCAAUGCCGCGAUCCAGCCUAAGCUUGUGGAGGUUGGUUGGAGUACUGGUGGCGACGACGAUUCUGCUCUCAGCGAAUACAUUAUCCUCAUGCUGGUGAAUGGCAAGACACAGGAGCAAAUUGCUGCAGAGUUAUCCGGCGAUCUUCUCAACCUUGGACCCGACGACCCCGGAGCGAGAGAUUUCUCCCACUGGCUGUUCCAACAAGUCGAGCUGCUGAAUUCACAACAAAAUGGUGGGGAUGGAUCCGUUGGAGACUCGGGAAUGGGACAGGACCAGAUAACGAAUGGAACACAAGAUGCUGAAAUGGGAGACGCCUCCGGAGAUACCAAUGUACCUACGGGCCCAAAGUCAAUGCGCAAUGGUGCUGGCAAUCGCCCUAGGGAUCCUAGGGAUAGGCGAAUGCUCGGUCACCUUGCGAAGGCGAUGGACAGAUCCAACGACUCGGUCCUUCACCGCGUGCGACCACAGGUGGGGAAUGAGAGAAUCAACAUGCCCCGAGCACCCCCGACCGGGCCGCGACAACAAGCAUCUGGUAGAGGUGGACCCCGAAUGAUGAAUGGACGAGGCGGCAUGGCUGGCGCACCGGCACGACCAGGAUCAGCGGCUGCGAACAUUAUGGGCAUGACUCCUCAACAGCAAUACGAAAUGUUCGCCAUGCUUGAGCAGCAGUCACGUAUGAUGGCGCAAAUCCUGACUCCCCAACAACAGCAACAAAUACUAGGCGGUGGACCCAUGCAGAACCUAGGAAUGAUGAAUGGCUUUUCUCAGCAGCAGCAACAAGGCAAAUCACUGUUCGACCGUGUUCAGGCACCUCGACAGCAUAAUGGCUUUCGGAAUGGUUCAAACAAACCCCAACUUGGACAACAUCAACAAGCCACUAAUGAAAACUCCUCGUCAUCGAUGGAUGUUCAGAUGUCUCAGGACAAGUCUGACAAAUCCGAGUCAUCUACGGACAAAACCUGCAAAUAUAACCUCUCCUGUACGAAAAAAGACUGUCCAUUUGCGCACCAAUCUCCAGCAGCUCCUCCUGGAGCCGCUAUCGAUCCCACCGAUGUAUGCUCUUUUGGGGCGGCUUGCAAGAACUAUAAGUGUGCUGGCCGACACCCGUCACCCGCCUUAAAGCUCGCACAUCAAACCGAACAGGACUGCAAAUUCUUUCCGAACUGUGCAAACGGCGCAAAUUGCCCAUUCAGGCAUCCUACGAUGCCAAUCUGCUAUAACGGCGCCGAUUGUACGACUCCCAAUUGUAAAUUUACGCACAUUAAAACCCUGUGCAAGUACAACCCGUGCUUGAUCCCGACAUGUACAUUCAAGCAUGUUGAGGGUCAGAAGAGAGGAAAGUUUGAAGAUAAGGUCUGGGUAGCAGACAAUAAGAAGGAGCAUGUUAGUGAGAGAAAGUUCGUUGCCGACGAAGGGAAGGAGGAGCUCAUUAUACCCGGUUCGGGCGAGGCAGAGGGGUUGAAUCCAGCACCAAAUGCUGCCGCGGAGUUGGUCACAUAG